UGUUCAGUUUCGUUAACGCUAAUGCUUAUUUUUCUUAUGCAGUGUAAUAAAAAAACAACAAUCUAAAAACUAUUUGGAUUUAAAUUAAACUUUAUAUUGUGCAGUGUAUUAGGGAGGGUGUUAAUUUGGGGAACACAAAUAUAGCUUGGUUGUUGUAGACAAGUGACAAGUGACAAUGAGUGAUUUGGACUUCCUGAACAAGUUGCACUGGGACGUGGACAGGCAUAAGUCUCAGUUCAACCCCCGGUACUGGGAUCUUGUCCGCAGAUUCGUGACUGCCCACAAGACCAAGUAUCCUGAGAAACGUGUAAUGGAGCUUACUCAUGCGUUCUACCAGAUGGUAGCCAAACGUAAAAAAUUUGACUGGAAGACAACUCGCAUGGUAUCUGCUCUCGCAGUUGAAUUGUUGGAGGAUGACAAAAUAAAUUAUAAAGAUAAUGUUUUCAACAGUGAAGAUAAUUCCCAGAUAAAUAAUCCCAAGUUUACGUGGAAAACGGGUGAUCAAGAGAAAAAUGGAUCUACAGGACAAACUAAGUAUGAUUUAUCUGGAAGUGAAAUAUCAACACAAAAUCAUGACAAAUCAAGUCAUUCACCCAAAAUGUCUUUGGGGGAUAUAAAAGAUGAACAUAGAAAAGAUAACAGGUGUACUGAUGUAAGAGAAGGUGAAUCUGUUGUGACAAAAGAACUUACUUGCAGUAACAAAAAUCAUCAAAAGGAGUCUUUACUUUGUGAAAAUCCAUCGCAUACUAACAUAGCUGUUGCUGUACUGAGACAGAAAGAGUUAAAAGAGUUAUUGGAUGGUUUCGUUAUCUUCCGUGGUAUCGACAAAUUGACUAAACUUAAUGGUUCAGUGAAAACUCUUGAAGAAUCAUUUAGAUGUUCUAAAUUUGGCCCUUGUGAAUGGCAGUGUUCUGAAUUAGAUGAAAAUUGCAGAAUUAUGUGGAUGGCACUCAGGUGGAAAAACACUAUAUUAGCUGAAGCUGUGGGUACAGUUAAGGAUGAAUUAUGCUCCAGGAUAGCUAAGGUGGUCCUGAGUAAAAUCGCUGAGUUUGCCUUUUUUGUUGAGGCCAAGUGCUCGUACUAUAAUCAUGGAAGUUGGGUGAAUUCUAAAAUGAAACACAUGAAUAAUUUAGAGGUCUCUGAAUUCAGCCUUAUGAAGGAUGAGAUGGACAAGUUUGCUGUGAAACGUAUAUUCCAGUUCAGAGAAUUGGUUCUUCAUAACCUGUCUGCGGAAGAGGAGAAAACAAUGAUAUCGUAUGCGACCAGUAUGUGGAACCAAGCAGUGAGGCACAGGAAAGCCUUCGAGGAUGACGGCAGUUCGGUUCUGUGCUUCUAUCAUGUCAUUCAAGGAGAAUUCUUGAAACAAAAACUUCUUGAGAAGCCUGUCAUCACUUACAUCAGAGACAAGUAUAAACUCCACUUCCCAGGCCAACAUGAAAUUGCCUUAUUGACCAAUGAAAAUGUCAAGGAAAAAGCGGAACUAUAUUUAGAUAACACAAAGUCACAGAGGAAGAAUGGAAACAUUGAAGCCGAAGUGAUAGAUGACAUUGACUUGAUGAAGCUGUUGCCAGGCUUUACUUUGUUUUACGAUGCAAGUACAAGCAGUCAAAUUGAAGAUAAUUCAUUUAUGGCUUUAAUUGAUUCUUUCAAAAGAUACAAAUUUGGACAACUGGAGGUGGUCAAUGAAGAUUCUAACCAUUGGAGAAAGAGAUGUCAACUGAAAUUCAGAGACAAGAUUCUCGCCGAAGGAGAAGACCUGGUUGAUGCUCAAGCCCAGGCCAAUGCUACACUGGACCUGUUGAACAGGCUGAAAGCUUUCUCAUUCACUAUAAAGGCCAACCAAGACUACUUUUGCAAUGGUAAAGUUCCAUGUUUCAUGGAAAAUCCGGGUUUAAAGAUAAACAAUGAAUUCAGGAUAAUAAAAUACAGUGAGGUGUUAAUGAUACCUACCAUUAUCAAAGAGUUUUGUGAAAAACCUACAUUCCAAGAACUCAUUUUUGGAGCUGACUUUCCUUGGGAGACAAAAAUGCAAAUUUCAAGGUAUGUUUCUUAUAGAGGACUAAUCCACCGAUUGUUUACCUCAUCAGAUGACUCGGUAGACCCGACGCACAUGGCUGUGUUUCACCCUAUAGAUCUGAGCGAACUGAAAGCUUAUUUGUUGAACAAUCCGGGUGAAAAUAUGAAGUACAGGCUAAAACCUCCAGAGAAGUUCCCAUCCCAUAGGUCAAUCUCAGAGAAUCGUACAGAUAUGAAGAUUCCUACAGAAGAAGUCACUCCUACAUUGUCCACCUCAGAUCACAGCACGGAUAAGAAACGAAAGCUAGAGGAAGAUUCAGUUGGAGAGGUAAAAGUUAAGAAGUUGAAAGUUGCUCCUCCCGAUUUCAUAACCGAUGAGAAGUUGCCGGGCCUCGUGCUGUUUAUCGGGGUCAUGAAGAACAGCAUAAUCAAGAGCAACCUUAUGCAGAUAUUGUAUGAUUCCUUUGCAGCCUCCAAGUAUGGGAGGCUUUACAUGAACCUCAUCGAUGAGGAUAUGGGUGGAGAUGUGUGGUCACGAUGUGUGCUGAAAAUAGAGACGAUGGUAUUAGCAGAAGUAGUGCGAGAGGAUAAAGUCCGUGCCAGUUUAGACGCUUCCAGAUUGCUUUUCGACCAUCUCAGAAAAUUUUGUUUCACCGUUCAGGCAAAACAGAGUUACUACAGGGACGGCAAUGGGUUGCCCAGGUGCUUCACUCAACAAUAUCUGUUUAAAGAUCAAAAAGCCCUUGGUGAAGUUAUAAAAGAACUGACAUUUCGUAGUUCCAAAGCGUUGAAUUCAGGACUAGAAAUUGUUUAUAGAAUAGGUUUCUCCGAUAUAGACAAGAGAAAAAUGAUUGCUGAGGUCGACAAACUAAAUUUCUCGUACCGUUCUUUGAACCACCAGAACAUUCCAGCAAUCGCCAUCUACCAAUCGCCAUCACCAACAAUGUUGAAAUAUAAGCUGAUGAAGACAGGUGGAGACAGUGAUAAAUACCAACUUAUAGAACCUGGUGGGGAAAUUUACUUCCCGGGGGACGAACUCUUCUUUCCUGCUGAUAAAUCGAUAUCUAGUACAAAAUCUUCGACACAAGAGAAAAAUCUACCAUUAAAUGUAAAAAAAGAAGAAAAUAUUGCUGAAGUUAUAAGUGAACUGGAUACUACUUCACAAGUUCCUUCAUCCACAGCAG